AUGCCUAGUGCAGAAUGUCAAACAGACCACUGCCUUUUGCGAUGCAAACUUAACCUCCACUUUAAGCCUAAACCUAAGAGGGGCAGCAUUCCAAGAAGGAGGCUCCAAGUUAACAAUCUUCAAACAGCUACAGUGAGAGACAACUUCCAGGCAAAUCUUCAAACUAGACUUGAAGACCAUCCCAUAGAUCCCUCUCCUGAAGUGCUUUGGGAAUAUAUUAAAAAUAGCAGCUUCCAGUCUUCUGAAGAAUCCUUAGGGUGCUCCUUCAAGAAAAACAAAGAUUGGUUUGAUGAAAACAACCAAGAGAUCCAGGAAUUUUUGACAAAGAAGAGAACUACUCACCAAGCACGCCUUGCUCAGCCGUCUUGUCAUACUCUCUUCAGUGCCAACCGUGUAGUCCAAGGUUCAGCAAUUCAGCACAUUACACAACAGCCGGUGAAAAAUGAAUUGGAUAUAGCCCCUACUGUAGGAGAGACUCCUGAGGCCAUAGAGCAGCUCGUUGUGCGUUACUGGGAAAAAGGUGAACUACCAUCAGAUCUCCGUAAUGCAGUCCUCAUCACCCUUUACAAGAAGAAAGAAGAAAAUUCAGACUGCUCAAAUUACCGUGGUAUUACUUAGCUCUCUACUGCUGGUAAAAUCCUUGCAAGAAUACUUUUGAACAGAUUACUACCAGCUAUCUCAGAAGAACUUCUACCUGAAAGCCAAUGUGGUUUCAGAGCCAAUAGGAGUACCAGAGACAUGGUAUUUGUCCUCAGACGACUCCAAGAGAAGUAUAGGGAACAGAACAAAGGGCUCAAUGUAACUUUUGUUGACCUCACUAAAGCUUUUGACACUGUGAGCAGAAAAGGCCUGUGGCAGAUCUUGGAACGAUUAGGAUGCCCUCCCAAGUUCCUCAAAAUUAUUAUCCUGUUACACGAGGACCAGCGCGGCCAAGUUAGAUAUGGCGAUGCACUCUCUGAGCCCUUCCCAAUAACCAAUGGUGUGAAACAAGGUUGCAUUCUCGAAACAACUCUAUUUACAAUCUUCUUCAGCAUGAUGCUCCAAGGGGCCACGGCAGACCUCGAUGAAGAUAAUGGCAUUUACAUCUGA